AAUGAACACAUCCGACAAGCUUUCAAACGACGUCCAUACAUAGGUGAACGGAUGAUUGGUUUAUAUUUUGAUCCCAAUUCCUCUAGUUCCAAAUAAGCGGCAGCACCCUCGCUUGAGCUCGCGAAUAGCCACAUACUACAUACAAAAAAAGGACUUCAUAAAGUUGGAGGGUCCGAGAAGUUAGCCACAUUAGAUAUUCAUAGAACGUUGAAUUGAAGUUUGACAGUGUUGCCAUGUGAUUAUAAUGUAUAUUAUAUACAUUAUAAUCCUUAGACAAGGAAAAAAGAGAGGACGGGUAACACUCAUUUAACACACAUGUUCCAAAAGUGAAGCCGGUUUUUGGUUUGUUUGUCACCAGAAACAUGGCGGUCACGUCAAAAAUAACAAUGGGUUGCCAGUGGUGGGUGUUCGUUGAAGGUUAAAAUUUCAUAAAAAAUAAAGUAAAUCAUCAUCUAAAAUUCGUAAUAAACACAUAUGUAUGUAUUGAAACAUAUGUACGUAAUAUGAGAAACUUAAUAAAACAUUUACUGUACACAAAUUCUUCAUUUUAAAUACAUUUCAUGUUUUUAUUUUAAAUACUCAAUGCAUAACAAUACCCCAAAGAUACGUCGAUGAUCAAAAUCUCUGGUGUCAGUUUGGCUUCACUUUUGGUCAUAGGAUUACUCGUCCUCUCUCUUUCCUUGUCUAAGUUAUAAUCACAUCAAACUUCAAUUCAACGUUCUAUGAAAUCUAAUGUGGCUAACUUCUCUAGUUCUCGGACCCUCCAACUUGAUGAAGUCCUUUUUUUAAUUACAAAUAAAUUCCUACUUAUAAAUUCCUUUAUUAAAUCCUUUAAAGUUAUGGAACUUAAAAGUGAAAUUAAGAAAGAGUUUACUGAAUAUGACCAAACAUCAGAAGGUCAUCUAUGGACAUCAGUAGAUCUCCGAAACUUAAAAAAUGCACCAAAGGAAGAUCACCCAGCUAUGGAAGUUAAAGUUAAAAAGGAAGAGUUUGGAGAAUAUGACCAAAAAGAUCUAGAGAAUGUACCCACAUCAAUAGAUCUUCAAGACCUGAAGGAUGAACCAGAACCAGAGGAAAAUCAACCAGGUUGUUCAGGCAAUAAGAACAGAAUAAAACUGAUGAAAACACCUGAGCAUUCAUCUCACGAAGAAGAAGAUUUGGGUAGAUACAUUGAAGAAACAACAAUAAGUAAAAAUAUGAAAGUUCAAGCUGGAAAUGGAUCUUACAAGUGCGAAAUUUGUUUGAAGCAAUUUACUCAAGCCCGUUUGAGAUCACACAUGAUGACUCACACUGGAGAAAAGUCCUAUAAGUGCGAGAUUUGUCUUAAGAAGUUUACUCAAGCCGGUCAUUUGAAAUUACAUAUGAUGACUCACACUGGAGAAAAUCCUUACAAGUGUGAUACUUGUUUGAAGCAGUUUCCUCGAGCCAGUAGUUUGAAAUCACACAUGGUGACUCAUACUGGAGAAAAGCCUUACAAGUGCGAGAUUUGUCUUAAACAGUUUACUCAUGCCAGUAGUUUGAAAUCACACGUAAUGACUCACACUGGAGAAAAGCCUUACAAGUGCAAACUUUGUUUUAAGCAGUUUACUCAGGCUGGUCAUUUGAAAUCACAUAUGAUGACUCACACUAGAGAUAAGCCUCACAAGUGUGAAAUUUGUUUGAAGCAGUUUACUCAAGCCAGUAGUUUGAAAUCACACAUGAUGAUUCACACUGGAGGAAAUCAUUACAAGUGCGAGAUUUGUCUUAAGCAAUUUACUCAAGCCGGUCAUUUUAAGUCACAUAUGAUUAUUCACACUGGAGAAAAGCCUUAUAAGUGUGAUAUUUGUUUUAAGAAGUUUACUAAAACCAAUCAUUUGAAAUCACAUAUGAUGACUCACACUGGAGAAAAGCCUUACAUGUGCAAAAUUUGUUUUAAGCAGUUUACUCAGGCUGAUCAUUUGAAAUCACAUAUGAUGACUCACACUGGACAUAAGCCUUACGUGUGCGAGAUUUGCCUUAAACAGUUUACUCAUGCCAGUAGUUUGAAAUCACACAUGAUGACACACACUGGGGAAAAGCCUUAUAAGUGUGAUAUUUGUUUUAAGAAGUUUACUCAAUGCGGUCCUUUGAAAUCACACAAGGUGACUCACACUGGAGAAAGUCCUUACAAGUGUGAUAUUUGUUUGAAGCAGUUUACUGAUGUAAGUAAUUUGAGAAGACAUUUGAAAAUACACACUGGAGAAAAGCCUUACAAGUGUGAUAUUUGUUCUAAGCAGUUUACUCAAGCCAGUAGUUUGAAAUCACACAUCGUCGGUCUAAGAUGCAAAUUGCCUAAGUCACAAAUUGAAAAUUUUACAGGAGAACUUUGGAACUUGCCUAUGUCCAAAAGACAACAAAAAUAAUAUAACUGAAAAUUGCCUAAGUCCAUGCAAUACAUAUUUGACCAAAAUUAAUUAAACAAAAUAUUUACACAAACUUAAAAAAAAUGGACUUAGGCAAUUUGCAUCUUAGACCGACGACAUGAUGGUUCACACUGGAGGAAAUCCUUACAAGUGCGAGAUUUGUCUUUAGCAAUUUACUCAAGCCGGUCAUUUUAAAUCACAUAUCAUGACUCACACUGGAGAAAAGCCUUACAAGUGCGAGAUUUGUCUUAAGCAGUUUACUCAUGCCACUAGUUUGAAAUCACACAUGAUGACUCGCACUGGACAAAAGCCUUACAAGUGUAAAAUUUGUUUUAAACAGUUUAUUCAAGCCAAUAUUUUGAAAUCACACAUGAUGACUCAUACUGGAGAAAAGCCUAACAAGUGCAAAAUUUGUUUUAAGCAUUUUACUCAAGCCAGUAUUUUGAAAUCACAUAUGAUGACUCACACCAGUGGCGGUUAUCCCUUUAGGUCAAUUGGUCAAUGGCCUGUAAUAAUUGUACAAUCAAACGAUUAUAAUGUAAUUAUUUCCUUAAAAAAAAAGAAAAUUUUCUGUAUUAAAAAUGUUCGGAAUACAAUAGUAUCGUUCAAAGUUAAAUUUUGCUUUUAUUGUAUUGACAUUUCAGUCAUUUUGUUGUUGUAAAAUAUAGCGACAAAGAUGCCGCCAAAAGAUUACCGAUAAAUAAACAUGAAAUACGAGCUGUUUGACAGUACCGAAAAGCCAAAUUUAUCUUUUACUGAAACUACCGCAAUAUUACUCUUAAACAGCUAAAUACGAACAUUCACGAUGGUCAAGAAAUUUAUUUGACCUCACUGUGAGAAUACAGCACUGGGAUUCCGAACGUUCACGAAAAUGCUCUCUUAUAUGCAAGUUGGUACCAUCGUGGUCAUUGACCGUAGACCGUAGAUCUACGGUUGAGACGUGACUAUCUAUGCAGGGAGUAAGAUUAGUUCGGAAUUUACAAAGUUAAGGGCGUUCGUGAGAUUAGUAUUAUUUUAUUAUAGAUUUUUAUAAAAUGUCUGUAGUGGUUAGUAUAAAUGAACUCCAACGCCAAAUGAAAUUAAAUUGAAGAAGAAUCGAUUUACUUUUUAAAUCCGCAUAAAAAUGUAAGUUUUUAUUUAUUUUAGGUUUUGAGUUUAAGUAGUUUGUUGAUAUUCUG